AUGCAGCUCCCUAUCCCCCUGGUCAGCUUCUUGGGCCUGGUUACAAGUGCUCUAGAAAGCUGGACAGACGGCUUCUCCGAUCUGUGGAAAGACACUUUGGGUAAUGAUGAGACGUUCGACUAUGUCGUUGUCGGUGGUGGUACUGCUGGGGUGACUCUCGCGGUCCGUCUGGCUGAGCAGAAACUCCGGGUGGCUCUCGUCGAGGCUGGGGAAACAUACGAACUCAGGUCCCCAGUAGCAGCCAUUCCUGGCGCCGCCAGUAUAGGUGUUGGCUCUGACAUUCAAUCCACCACGGCAAUUGACUGGAAGUUUGUGGCUAGAAAUGUCACGGGUGCUAAUCACCGUGAUAUUCAUUAUCCCAGAGGCAAAUGCCUUGGAGGAUCGUCAGCUCUGAACUUUAUGGCCUACCAAAGGGAGUCGAUGCAGCUUUGGGCUGAUCUUGUUCAGGAUCGGAGUUACACUUUUGACAACACUCUGCCCUAUUAUCAGAAGACCGUUCAGUUCACGCCCCCAGACACGCUGCGACGCGCCGCGAAUGCUACAGCGCAAUACAAUCCUGAUUCUUUCGCUCAUGAAGGACAACGCCCACUUCACGUAUCUUACCCUGUUUACGCUAUGCCCUUUUCGAGCUGGAUGAGACUUGGAGUGGAAGAGGUGGGUAUAAACGAAACGCUGGACUUCAACAGCGGGUCAUUGUUCGGUGCUCAGUAUUGCAGCUUUACCAUUCGACCGUCUGAUGAGACAAGGAGCAGCUCGCAAGCUGCCUUUCUGAGCCCGCUACCUUCAUCAACUUACCUGAAAAUAUAUCAGGGUACGAUGGCAAAGAGAAUACUAUUCAACCCACAAAAGCAAGCGUCUGGGGUGCAAGUGAGCGAUUUACUGCGAACUUUCACCCUCAACGCGGAGCGAGAGGUGAUCAUAUCGGCAGGUGUAUUUCACACCCCGCAGCUCUUGAUGGUUUCUGGAGUCGGGCCGGCCGAUACUCUUUCAGAACACGGCAUUGAUGUUGUUCAGGAUGCGCCUGGUGUAGGUCAGAAUAUGUGGGACCAUGUCUUUUUCGGACCAACGUACCAGGUAGCACUUGAGACAUACACGAAAGUACCAACAGAUGUAGGGUAUCUCGCAUCGCAAAUGGCUCAAUAUAUAUUCUCUCAUGGGGGAGUACUCACCAAUCCAGUCAUCGACUACCUUGCAUUUGAGAAGAUCCCAAAUUCCUUUCGUUCGAACUUCUCAGUCCAGACGAUCGAGGACCUUUCGUGGUUCCCAGAUGACUGGCCGGAGAUUGAGUACAUUUCAUCAGCUUCAUACGUGGGAAAUUUCUCGAACCCACUUGUCUCGCAACCUUCGGGUGGUAAGCAAUAUGCAACAAUCCUGGGCACCCUUGUUGCGCCGACGUCUCGCGGAAAUGUGACUAUCGCCUCCAACGAUACCUCAGAUCUGCCUAUAAUCAACCCCAAUUGGCUUUCAACGGAGGCGGAUCAGCAAGUAGCGAUUGCGGCGUAUAAGCGUAUCCGUGAUAUGUUUCACAGUGAGGCCAUGGCGCCGAUUGUUGUGGGAGAUGAGUACUUCCCCGGGAGUCAGUAUCAAACAGACGCAGAAAUCCUCGAGGUUAUUCGCAAUACAGUGAUGACUAUAUAUCACGCUGCAUGUACUUGCAAGAUGGGAACACGAGACGAUCCUAUGGCCGUCCUCGAUAGCCGGGCCAGAGUCUUUGGUGUCGAUAGGUUAAGGGUUGUCGAUGCCAGUGCAUUUCCCAUCCUGGUGCCUGGACAUCCCCAGUCUACUGUCUGUAAGUAG